AUGAGCCGGAUCCAGGUAAUUUUUUUUAUUUUAUCGCAGCAGACAAUCAAAUUAUCCUCUGCAGCACCAGGAGAAUCCCUCACAUUCAAUCUUGCUGCACGCAAAGAGCGGCUUCAUCCCUAUCCCUCCACCACCUCCACCACCACAAUCGCACAAUACCCCGCCAAGGAAACCUCCACGCCCUACAAAUCCGGAACAAAGAAACUAAGAUCUGGUGGAGAACACAGUGCCAGUAACACCGAUGCCGAUGGACCCCCCGGUGCAGGCGAAGCAAAAACUGAAGGAACUGUCCUAACUAUUCUGUAUGUAUCAAGACCAGUAUUGCAGAGCCCGCCACUAGCAAGCACUGAGCCAUCUCCUUAUCCACCAUCUCCAGACUCGUCUACCAGCUGGACCCCGCUCUUCACUAAGGACAUGAAACCCUCAGCUUCCUUCACAAGAUUAAUCAACGAGCUCUUCAGCCACCUAGACCCGCAGCGCACGGGGUAUCUUAGUCCGGAAGCCGUCGCUAAGUACGUGGACGUGUGUGGCGCACCACCUAGCCACAACAUUUGGAAAACGAGCCGUGCCAAAAACCCACAAUAUGGCUACGACAUGGCCGACCGCGAACUAGCCGACCACUUCACGGCAUACGGCGUCGACUUCGCCCUCCGUCAACGCACUCCACCCACAACGCCCGUCAAUUACCCUGUCGAUCCCCAGUCCUACCUCCCCGCCGCUCAGCGCUCUGCCAUGUCCCCAUUCAUGCCCGCCCAGUCCACAUCCGCGAACUCCCUCUCCGGAGGACAAAAACCAAUGCGGUCAUUCCGAGGCUGGACUGACCUUACUGUUUGUAGUGUGCUUCAGAACCCGUCUGCAUCAUGCGCGCAGCUCAAUCGCGCUAUGCAGGCCUUCCAGUUGCCGGUUUGGACAGAGUGGGGCGAUAUUCCUCGGGAUAUGCUACCGCUUGCACUGUGUCAGCCGGAGGUUGAGAGGGUGAGAGUAUUGCUGGAGGGGGCGAGACUUAAUGUGGAGCAGGAGAUUGAUGCAGUUCAGGCGUGGUUGAAGCUGGAGGCGAGGGGAGGGCAGAAUGCGUUGGAUUUGUUGGAUGAUCGGGUUUGGGUUUGUUGGUAG